AGACCCGUCCCUCGUCGCCUUGCAAAAUAAUCGCGCUUUGUCUAAUCCAACAUGUCUGCGCCCGCAGAGAUAGUUCUAUCCGCAGAUUCAGCGGGUCAGCUGUUUAACUGUGCAGUUUUCGACCCUAAUUCCGGGGCAGAGUUCUUGACCUAUCGCGGAGGUAACACCUCCUCCAGGUCUUUAACAGUCUUGAACGGAGAAUACAUAUUAGGAGCUCAACUCUGCAAGAACUUCAUAAACGUGUGGGAGAUCCAGAGAAAGGACCAGCUUCAGCAGAAGAUUGUGUGUCCUGGGAUUGUUACGUGUCUCUGUGCAUCUCCUAAUGGCCUCUAUGUACUGGCAGGCAUUGCUGAAGCUAUAUACCUGUGGGAGGUGUCAACAGGAAAUUUGCUGGCUAUUUUGAGUCGACACUAUCAGGACCUGAGCUGCAUCCAUUUCACUGAUGACAGCAGUCAUUUUGUUUCAGGAGGAAAAGACAAUCUUGCUCUCAUAUGGAAUCUCUCCAGUGUUGUUCAGCUGGAUUCGUCCCGCACACCAGAACCUCGUCACAUUCUUUCCCGCCACUCCCUCCCCAUCACCGACAUCCACUGUGGCCUGAUGGGACCACAAGCCCGUGUUGCCACUGCAUCCCUGGACCAAACCGUUAAGGUUUGGGAAAUUUCCUCUGGGGAGAUGCUCCUGUCCGUUCUCUUCGACGUUGGCAUCAUGUCAGUGACCUUUGACCCCUGCGAGUAUUUCCUAUUCUGUGGAGGCAGUGACGGCAAUAUUUUUCAGGUGUCUCUAUGCAGCACGAGUUUAAGCCGGGACAAAACCUUCCAGUCGGACAGCGACGGCAAUCAGGUGUUCAAAGGACACGGAAAUCUGGUGACAUGUCUGUCUGUGUCAAUGGACGGCACACUCCUGCUGUCCGGCUCCAAUGACGAGACUGUCAGGAUGUGGGACGUUCAGAGCAAGCAGUGCAUAUGGUCCAUCAACCACAAGGGUCCUGUGACCAAUGCUGCUAUCAUACCAGCACCUGCCAACAUGUUCCUUUCUGACAGUCGUCCAGCCGUCCCACUGCCACGGUUCAGUCGCCACCUGAACCCGUCCGAGCAGGGUGACGGCACGGGCACCGGAGGCAUGUGUCUGAGACUGGGAGCCAACACACAGGAGCCGGAGGGGACGUAUUUGGAGAAAGCAGACGAGCUCUACUCUCUGAUGUGUGCCGUCACAGACAAGAGCAUGUUUGGUGAUGGGGAGAACACUAAGGUACGAGUGUCUGAACUAGAGGAGGAGAUGAGGACCCUGAAGAAGAUCAAUAAAGAUCUGUAUGAGUUCUCCUCUCAGCUCCUGACCAAACCCAACUAGAAGAGCGUUCAGCUGCAGAGGUCCUCCAACAGAACAACCGUGCCAGUUUGAGAACAACAGGAUGGGGAAAUGCAUUUAAAAAUUUGUAACUCUUUGCAAUGGACUGAAAAAUGCCAACUGUUCUUUCCUGCCCUAUUUUUAUGUUCUAAGGGCAAAAUUUGUUUUCCGCAUCAAUCUCAACACAAGCUCACGGACCGGACUUAUAUUUGUAGUGUGUUUGUUUGAUGACAUUUACCUUUUCUGAAUUAUUGUAGGCCUAUAAAAGAGUCUGAACUUGAAAUAUUUGCUGUUUAUGUUAUAAAAGAUUUUGACCUGUACACUUUAUUAAAAAAAGU